GCACGUCUCACGUCAUUCGGUCUCGUCGUGCUCUACGUCUUCCUGACGUAAUCCACGUCUCCGGACCGUUCUUCGAGUUUUUCGAUCGUUGUGAAUUUCGCGUCUCCGCUGCACGAAAGAACGUACGAAGAUUGUGGAAGUGAAAUUUCACCACGCGUAACGACAUUUGCGACUCGGUAGUCGGAUGGACGCAUGUUUUUUCGAAACUUGUUCUAUUCGUAUGCACAUUUUUAAAGUAGGGGUUUCGUUCGUGUUGGUUUGAGAUCGGGUGAGUGUUGGGAGUGAAUCAGUGUCCGGUGCUCGGAAAUUACGGUACUUGCAUAGCAAUAAAUAACGAGAAUCGGGCCGGGAUCAUGAUCAUCAUUCCUACGAAAAUGCAAUUCUGACUCUGGCUUUGACAAAACAUGCACGAAAUCUUAAUGUCGCCGAGCUGAAAUGGAUCUGGAACAUCUACAUCAUCUUAACGAGGCGGAGAUGAUUUACCGGCGGCGGAGGGGUGCGCGGAGGCCGGGAACCAGAAGUGCCCGCCGUGAAGGAUUCAUGUUCCCCGAGCCUGAGGAGGGGGAGUCCUGAGAAGGAGAAGAAAGGGAUCACAGUUUCCACUUGCAGACAGCGUGUUCUAAAGAUGCGCCUAUGCUGGUGGUGGACAGUUCUCGUCUUAACCGGAAUGUGCUGCUUUGGUCAAUACGUUGCGCCUUGCAAUUUCAACUCUCUAUGUACCUGCAAAUAUUACGAUAUUAUACUCCGCAGACCCCCAAAAGAUGUCAGCUGUGUCAAUGUACCGUUCUUCAAAUUACCUGAAACACUAUCCGGGAAAUUAUCGCACAUAGACGUUGUGAAAGCGGGGAUGGAUAGCAUAGAUUCCGAGACUUUGACUGGAAUCGAAACAGAAUCAUUAAGACUGAUGAACAAUGAAAUCGUCGAUAUUUCUGAUACAUCUUUUUCAUCUUUGGCCAAUUCACUCAGAUUUUUAGACUUGAGUUACAAUAAACUCGAUAGAAUUCCAAUCGACGCAUUGAAACGGUUGAAGGCUUUGGAUUGGUUGAACUUACAAGGGAACGAAAUCACAGGUUUAGACAAAGACGACUGGUCGCACAUGUCAAGGACUUUGAGGAAUCUAUUCGUAGGCGAAAACAACAUCGACACCCUCUCAACUACCCCGGACGAAUCCCUGGCCCGACUGAAGAGCCUGACGUCACUGAAUCUCGAUUACAACGAGUUGACGUCACUCGACGCCACAGCCCUCCCGGCCAACCUCCAAACCCUCUCCGUGGCCUACAACCAGCUCAAGAAAGCCCCGCUCCGACUGAUCGAAACGAUGAAGGACCUCGUCUGGGUCUCGCUGCAGGGAAACAGCAUCAAAGACAUCCCUCAACACACGUUCAAAACCCGGAAGAACCUCGAGAAACUGGACCUAAGCGAGAACGCCAUCGAAGAGCUACCCAACAACCUAUUCAACGGAUCCAUCACGAUCCGCGACCUGAACCUAGCCUUCAACAAUCUGAAGACCUUACUCCCGCAGACGUUUCGCGGUCUAAGCGUGUCUCGGCUGUACCUCCCGCGCAACCAGCUGGAAAACCUCGACGAUCGCGCCUUCGUAGGUAUCGGCCACACCCUAGAACACCUAGACCUGGAGCACAACUUCCUAACCUCAAUCCCGAAGGCGGUGACGCACCUGAAGAAGCUCAAGUUCCUUUACAUGUCGUCGAACAGGAUACCCAGCGUGGACGACAGCGCUUUCGACAGCUUCGCGCCGUCGUUGAAAGCCAUCUCGCUGUCGGGCAACCAACUAACGAGCAUCCCCAGCGGGGCCUUGAGGCCUUGUAGGAAGCUCCUACACCUGAACCUAGGUUACAACCAGAUCACAGACCUCAACGAGACCAACUUCGAGGUCUGGGCCGGGCACCUAGACACGUUGGUGCUGCGCAACAACAAGAUCGUCCACAUACCACCGCACACUUUCCGCAACACCCCGCGACUUCGGGAACUUAGCCUGUCGUUCAAUAAAAUCGUAGAUGUCGACAUAGACGCUUUCGUCGACCUCGCAGAGUGUCUUCAGAGUUUAGAGAUCAGCUUCGGGCUCUUCCAGGAAGAGUUCCCUGAUCUCUUCCUUAAACCACUCACCUCUCUCUUGUGGCUGGCGCUUGAUAAUAACAACUUCCACACCAUCAACUCGCACUCGCUACGAACAUUCUCUCUGUUGCAGUAUUUGAACUUGGACUCGAACCGGAUAUCCGCUCUCCCGAGUGGACUGUUCCAUCCGGGAGUCCACGGCAACCUGCGGGAUAUCCGUCUCGCUUACAACCUCCUCCAGACCGUCGACUCGGAGACCUUCAGCGGAUUACCCUCGGUGGAAACGAUAGUUCUGUCCGGAAACCGUAUCCAGACGAUCAGGACGGGUGCUUUCCGCAACUUGACCGUGCUCAUGAACCUAGUGCUUUCCAACAACGCGAUCGCGGUUCUACAAUCGGAGUCGUUCGCGAACCUCCCGAAUUUGCUUAAACUCGACUUGCAGAACAACGCCAUCAAAGAGUUCUCGCUGUCCGCCUUCCGCAACGUGAGCAACCCGGUCGUCUCGAUGAGCCUCAACGUCUCGCGCAACCAGAUCUCCUUCCUGACGCACCAGAAAACCUCCGACCUCUCCGUCCACAUCGGGACCCUCGACAUGAGCUACAACGCCUUGAUGUACGCGCCUGUCCAGUUCUUCGGCGCCCUCGCCAACUCCCUGCGGGUGAUCCACCUGAGUCACAACAGCAUCAGCGAGUUGGAAUCAUCAGGUUUCGUGGACCUGAAACAUCUAGCCUCCCUGAGUCUCGAUCGGAACCAGAUCGCGAACGUUGCCAGCGAUGCUUUUUUAGGACUCGAUAAACUGCAGAUUCUGGAUCUCUCGCACAAUAAAAUCUCGAGGCUCCAGUCGUGUCAGUUCAAACUCCGUUCGUUACGCGUGUUGAGACUCAGCAACAACAUGAUAAGGUCGCUAGCUCGCGAUACCUUCCAGGAUUCCCAGUUGGAGGUGUUGGAUAUGUCUUAUAACUCGAUGGUGGCGCUACCUAGCGGGGCGUUGGCGGCCGUCGGUCUGACUCUUCGUCAGUUGGACAUGUCGCACAACGCUAUCGAGCACCUGGACAUGAGCAUGUUCUUGGAUGUUCCGCUUUUGACUCGCUUGAAUGUGGCGUUCAACCGGCUCACCAUCCUGCCUGAUAAUGUUCUUGCCUCCGUGGGGAAUCUCCUGGAUUUGAACUUGGGCGGGAAUUUGUUGAGGUCGAACUACAAGGAGCUUUUCCACUACGUGCGGAAGCUCAGGAAGCUGGACUUGUCUUCGACGGGGCUGAAGCAGGUGCCGCCCCUCCCAUUGCCCGAUUUGAAAGUGCUUUGUUUGUCGGAUAACCUGAUCAACAGCGUCCCCAGCUCGAACGUCGAGAACUUGCAACAACUCAGGUACCUGCAUUUCGAUAGGAAUCAAUUCGUCUCCGUUCCCUCGCACGUGUGGCCUGCCUUGCCCAGGCUCAAAUUCCUCAACAUCUCAUCUAAUCCCAUCAAGAUUUUGAGUAAGGAUAGCUUUUCGAGCUUACACAAAUUAGAAUCGCUCGAUAUCCAGGACCUGCCGCGCUUGGAACGAUUCGACUCAGAUGCCCUCGCCCGCAACUACGUCUUGCGGUCCAUCAGCGUACAAACAUGGCCUCACAUCGAAAAAUACAGGUUUCGAUUGGGGCUCAUUAUUUCAAGUGUGCCCUCGCUCAGGUCUCUCUCGGUGAAAGUGUUAGAGGCUCAUCUGAACGAUCAGUUAUUGGGGUCAUCUCCGUCCUUCUUGACGGAACUAAAAAUUACCGGGUCUUCCUUGAAGAAAUUGGAACCAAGAGCCCUCACUGGACUCGGUAGAAGUCGUGCGCUGACAAUACGAAUACACGAAACGCAGAUCGAAGACUUGCCGCCAGGACUCUUCGCCUCCUUAGUACAAAUUCCCGUCCUUUCCUUAGAUUUAGUCAAUAAUCGGCUCAGCUCACUCAGUCCCGCCUCGCUCUACUCAAAUGCGACGAGUUGGGAAAGCAUCGGGACCAAACUGCUAACAGGUGGUCUGGUGCUGGAGAAGAACCCUUGGGCGUGCGACUGCGGGCUGGUCUGGCUGGGUCACUGGCUCCGGCGGUGGCUGAGGGAGGCGCUGCAGAUCCACACGGUGUCCCUGGAGACGGCCCAGCAGCUGCAGGAGGUGGUGCGCCGCGCCACUUGCCUCGACCCGCGCACCAACCAACGGACGCCCCUCAUCGAGCUCUACCCGCACCGGCUCAGCUGCCACGCCAGCGCCCUUUCCCGCGGCGGCUCGUCCGCCUGGCGGAGCCACUUCCUCGUCGAGACCCUCAGCACUGUCCUCGUCGUCCUCCUCUCACGCUUCUGGUGGGCCGUUUCCUGAAUCUCCACCAAAGUCAGUCCUCUACUGCCGCACAGUGGAUCGACUCAAUUCGAGAGAUCGGAUAUGACAAUUUUCGCUAAAAGUGCAAAUUUAGACGUCUAUUUCGCUACAUUUUAAAUUUUAUGGGGUGCUUCUUGGUAGAGUACCUGUAUAGCGAGAGUAUGGACGGAUGUGAAACUCCGAAAACUCAUCAGGCCUUCACCGAUGCUUCUGCGAAUAAAGUUAGGGCCCAGAAAUGCAGCCAACCUAUGAAUUUCAAUUAUCCAGAACGAUUCAAUAAUACUAUCGUUACACACCGUCGUUUAUUAAGCACGUAUUUGACUCAGUUUUUGCAUAAAUUCACUCAUUUUUGCGGAAGAACGCUCAUUACUGCACAUUCUUGGCCAAUUGGCCAUCUUGGUUAGAAUUGGAAUCUGCAGACUGGCAGUGAAAUGGGCGUUAGAAGUUGGUUAGAAGGGUGGCUACAAUUUUGGGCCCUGAGCCCUCCAUGAAGCGAUCUGUACAUACUCGUAUGGGUACUCUACUUCUAGGUGGAAAUUUCACGAUGAAACCAAUGAACUCACUUUUAGACCUCAAAAAUUUUGUAUAAACAGAGCUUUAAGCGUUUGAAGUUUCCAAAAAUGUGUCCGACCUCUUCUAUUGACUAGA